UUGGUAGAAUCAAUUUCAAAUGUUUUCUGUGUUGAAAUGAUAACAAAUUAGGAGAAAUCAGCAGAACAAAAGUUUGUUUACAAAUCUUAUUAGCCCUAUUCAAAUGUUGAUAUGGAAUUGUAAUUGUAAUUAUUAUUUGUUGCACGGUAACUUGUUAGCAAAGCCAUAUAUCGGGUCAAGGAAGUAGUAUUGUAGUGAUAAUUUUGUUACAUGCAUUUAGUGAAAAAUGGAAGAGUCCGAUUCAUAUACACCGGAACAGGAUAAAAACUGCUCGGAUAAUAUGAUGUGGGAAACUUUGAUUAAAACGCUAACCGAUGGAGUAAAAAAUCGCUGUUCCACAUUGGAAAAAAUUCUGAAUAUGAUCAAACACAAUCUUACCUAUGACGAUCCUGGCUUGUUUCCAUCCAGUUUUAUUGCGGAGCAAGAAGAGCGAUCCUUUAUAAAAGCAUGCAACUUUUGGCUGCUUAAUAAAUUGGUUCAAAUUACAUCGAUUGAAGAAUAUAUCGGAAUACAAAAAAGUAAUGCGGAACUUCAACAGACCAUUAUAUCUGCGAGUUUUGUUAAACAACCAUGGUUCUUUUACGAAACAGCUCAACAAUACUUGGAAAUGCUGGAACAUCUAAAUUCAUUCAAUUCAGAAAAAGAACUACAACUGGUAAUAUUUCAUAUGUCUGAACAUUACUUCAAUCGGCUUAGCUGUUCUUGCUCAAUUGUACCUAUUGAAGUUAAAAACAAGGUCUGCAAGAGAGCGCUAACAGAAAAUUGUUUGCUCAUACUCAGCCAGGUUGUUUGUCUUGUCGACGAUGGAGCAAAUCAGCGACUUCGAGAACGAUGCGCCGAGCUGGUUCUAGAAACGUUGAAUUGUGGAUCUUUAGAAGAGAAAACAUUUAGCCUUAUGUUCUUCGCAAAAUACCUCAAAAUGGCAACCAUGCAGUCCAGGAAUCUCGAAAAAUUAGUAUUUGAGGUGCUAACUAUUGUUGAAAUAUCUCUGGACAGAUUUGACCGAUGGGUAAACAGUGAAAUCAUUCAUUUCAAGUCGUUGGAACAGUUUAAAACGGCUCUCAUGGAUUUUUAUGCCAAGUUGAAAUGUGUGCCAUUCAGCAAUACGUUUACAGAGUACCGAAAAAAGCUUGUUUUUAGCUCUAUUCGAAUAAUAAAAAGCCUGAGAUUGAUAAAGAAAGAUGAAAUGAACGCUAAACUAACGCUUUUGGAUCAAAUUAAAGAAUUUCUGAAAGCUUUACUCAGUCAGAUUGGGUCGGUUUCCAUUACAGAUGGUUUCGAAGAUGUGUUCUCGUUGUCCCAGGAAUUUCCAGAUAUCUUGGAUUUACUCGAAUUGCCGAUAACAAAUGAUACAAUCCAAGCUUAUGUAAAAAACGAUAUUGUACUCUGUAAUGUUAGCCACAACUGGAGGAAUGCUAUUGGUAUUCUAGAAGAUCGGGAGAACAAACUUAAGGCUGCCAAAAAAAUUGCUAUUCGGCAGAAAAUUGUUCGCUUGGCCGUCAAUGUAUCACACAACUUUUCGAUAUGGAAGCAGAAAAAAAUGUUGCACGAAAAACAACUACUUGUUUUUGGCGAAAAUUUGAUUCCAUUUCUACAAGCAUUGUUUGAUGAAACCGACGAAACUGACAUUAAUACGGAUGUUAUUCUACAUGUACUAGACAUUUCUCAUGAUGUCAUACUGCUAAAAGAGUUUUCCGUAUUAGAAGAAAGCUUCCAGAGGCAAAUUUGUUGCUGGUUGUUCCUACCUUUUAUAAAAGACAUUAAUUCUACCGACUUACUAAUCUCCGGAAAAGUAUUGGAGAAAUUUAUGACAAAUUUUCUAAGUAGUGACGAUCUUAGGAUAUUAAAAACACGAACUCUAGAUCAGCUUUGCGCUCUCAGAUGCGAUAACAUUAUUGAGCCUGUGUCUGAUUUCCUAACGAAAACUUUAUGGGCACUAAUCACUACCAUCACAACUUCAGAGGAUAUAGAACAAAAACAAACACUUUACAGUUUCUAUCAAAACUUACUACUCUCUUCCAAAUAUCAAACAAAACAACUAGUCGACGAGAUACUUUUCCCAGCUCUAUCCAUACCACAGUUGAGAGCCGGGGUGGUCAAUAAUCUUAGCGUUCACUUUUGUUUAAAAUAUGCCAGAUUUCAGCUAUACCGAAUCAAGGGUGAAACUACAACAUUAAAAUGGAAAAUGCGUUGCUUCAUAUGCAAACCGAGUGCGGAAGCAGGCGAGCUCAGCAGCACACAGCUGCCACCUUCUCAAAUUCGAGAACAAUUUUCUUCAAGCGAAGGAGUAACUAUUUCAUCGCUCUCCGAUGGAAAUUUCAAUCAAUUUGAACUAUCCGAAGAUAGACUUGAACAGCUGUACCGAUCGGAGGAUCACGAUACGCAGGUAGUCAUGGUUAAAUUACUCAUGGUGCUACUGAAACAUAACGAGGUGGUAACCGAAGAACGAUUGGUUCGUGCUUGGAGUGAACUUAUUACUUGCGGCAUCGACGAGGUUUGCAUCACAUUCGGCAACACAUUUGGCAUAUUGAUGGAAACUGUUCAGCAAUCGAAAUAUAGCAAACAAGCGAAGGACCAAAUUAUUCAAAUUUGUCUGGACAAACUUCUGCAAGCGGUUCGUCUUAGUCUCAACAAAUCCAACUACAAUCAUCAAUCGGCUGUAAUGAAUAUGGUUCUAAAGUUUGCCGUGUGCCCCGGUAUCGAUGAGGAGCGGUUACUUCACUGCAUUAGAAUGAUAUUCUUCUACUUGAUGCUUCGUGAGUCGGAAGUAACCCGGGAGGCUACUUUGAUUGUUGAGGAAAUGUGUGAAUACCACAAGGUCUCUCCGUCGGAUAUGCUCAAUUGGUAUCGCCACGAUAUCGUCAAACUUAUUGUUGCCAUUACUACCACCAACUAUUGCUGCUAUGGGAUGUCGUUGACCAAAUCAUUGACACACGUAAGCAAAACUUUCCAAUUUGCUGGAGCCGGCGAGUUUGCCGCCAAGUACUAUAAAAUGAUUUUGGCGAUGCUUCUGCCGUGGUGUGUAAAGCGCCCAAAAUGUGAAAACCUGCUACAAGAGCUAGCCGAUCUUAUUCGAAAGGAUAAAACUGUACUUCUUUCGGGAUCAUUUCUCACCAUCUAUCCGUACCUAUUCAUCAACGAAAUUACGGCUAACAUUACCAAUCAGUGCAUCGAUUAUAUUAUGACCAACACUGGAAACUCGUUGGUUCACCUACUUCAAUCGGAUAUAAAGAAAACAGUCUCCGAGAUUCUCAUAUUUUAUCACAUCAACGCGGAGUGCGUUUUGCAUGCAUUUCGUAGUUUGCUCGCGAAGGACGACGCUCACGAUAUCACGACCGCUCGAAUGGCCGACUACAUCUCCAAUCGUUUCUUGGGAGUAUUGACAUAUUUUGAAGCAUCACUGAUCAACCUCGAGAAUGAGAAAGCGUUGAAACGGGAGACGGUUCUCAGUUUGGGGGAAAUAAUUCGUUUACUAGGUGGUCACCACAUAACACCUUUCCGGUUUAAAAUCAUCGCACUGUUGAAGACUACUCUGGCCAUAGAAGAGCCGAACUUAAAAGAUAUAUGUAUCAAAGUGUGGCGGAUCUUCAUUUGUACUGUAGACGUUCAGCAGUUGGGUCCUUUACUCAGCACAAUAUUCGUUUCACUGGAGCAGCUCAUUGAGCAGUUUCCGGAGGACAUCAACUACAUAUUUCAUUACCUGGUUGUACAAAAUAACAGUUUAUUGAGUCAACAUAUAUCAGACUUAUUCUUUCUUGAUCAAACCAAAGUCGAUGAAGAAAUUAAAAAGGUCGUCGCAGCUCAUACGAAAAACGAUCGAGAUCGAGAUCAGUUCCUGCAUAGAUUUACCGAACUUGUCAAGCAUGUGAAUCACGAAAAUCUCUCCGUAAGAGUUUAUGGGUUGAAAUACAUGAGGCAACUUUUUGCUACGAAUCGUAAUAAGCUAAAUGAUGCUAUUGUGGGACAAUUGACAUUUAAUCCGAUGGUUGAAAACUUGUUGGAUAACCUCAUCAAAAGUUGCAGUGAUAUAGAUGUCAACUAUCGAUUGAGAGCAUCGGAAUGAAUUGGAGAGCUUGGAGCACUAGCGCCAAGUUAUUUGCCGCCUAACUACGCACCACAGGAUAGUUUCGCUCUAAGUAUCCAUUCGGACGCGUUUGCUACAAUGGCACUUGCUGAACUAUGCCGUGCCUACCAAUUCCAAAAAGAUACCAAAUUUGUUGAUAGUUUUUCUUUGGCAAUUCAGGAAAUUUUGGUAGAACGAGGAGUGUCUCCUGUCACAGGUCAAAAAUUGGAGGUAUGGGAAGCUAUUCCGGAACGUUUGCGACCAAUUAUGGAACCGUUACUCACUUCCUGCUACACUGGAUUGUCAAGGAUAUCUACUCUCGAAUGUCAUCCGAUAUUCGGUAGCGCAAAGGCUCAGUCCUGCCAAGAAUGGGCCUAUAUAUGGGCAACGCAAAUGAUAGAAAAGUUGGAGAAAAGUAAAACGCAAGGGGUUCUAAAAUCCUUUCAACCUAGUAUUCGUUGUGAUAUAAGUACGAUGACCAUGUUUCUACCGUACAUUCUACUUCACGCCCUGCAGGGUAGCUCAGAAGAGAACCAAAAAAGGAUUGCUGAAGAGGUGCAGUUUCUAUUUAAUGCUAUUAUGAACAACAAUCCGGAAGUGGACAGUCCAGAGAAACAGAAUCAUUACAUCCGAGGUUUACAAACUAUGCAGUUUGUGCCCAAAGAACUUAAGCAGAAUGAUUCAUCGACCGACAUGUCGUUCGAAUGUGCAAAGUUAGCGUUCACAUUACUAGACUUUCUCGAGAGAUGGAAACGACAAUGGCUAAAAGUUUAUAAACUUGAUCCUAGCAAAACAGAUUUCCACAACGUGGACAAAUUUCUCCUCCAACUUGAUCACGAAAUGUUGGCCAACAUAAAUUUCAAGUGUAACGAAUACGCCCGAUCUCUUAUGUACCUAGAAUCGUUCAUCGAGGAAGACCCGGUUCGACUGCAGCAGAACUUAGGUAUGUUGGCAAGAAUUUUCACACACUUGAAUGACCCAGAUUCGGUAGAAGGAGUGAUGUGUUUGAAAACUACAGAACCGACGUUGGCGGAGCAAAUUCUUUUGCACAACGCUUCCGGUCAGCUACAUCAAACUGCGGCGUGCUAUGAACGUAUGCUUCAGGUGGGCGAUAUGAGUCCAUCUGAUAUUCACAACAUGGUCGAAUGCUACCUUUGUUUGGAUCAACCGGACACCGCUUUACUUUUGUCGGAAAGUUUACUCAACAAGUAUUACGACCACAAUGUGCAUUCGUUGCUGCAAGAAAUCAAAACCGAACCGCUGUACCGAUUGGGACGAUUCGAUGAACUUGAAGAGCUAUUGGAAUCUCCAUUGGUUCAAGAAAGCGAUAGCUGGGGCGUGAUUUGUGGAUCCUUAAUGAUUAGUUAUAGGAAGAACCAACACAGCUUGUUUGUGCAGAAACUUGAACAGGCUAGAUUGGCUGUUUUGAAGAGUUUGCGGAAUGCUGACCUGAAACUUAGUGCUUACGAGAAAGGUUAUGAACAGGUUCUUAAACUGCACAUGAUUACAGAGUUUGAAAAAUGCGAACAAAUACUUGAGAGUGUGCGUUCAACCGGUUGUCUUGAACAAUGUCAUUUCGAUAUAAAAAAUCUAAUUGCGAAUUUUGAAGCUCGGUUGGAACUGCUGCAGCCCAAUGCGGCGACAGUUGAACCAAUAAUAAGCCUUCGAAGAAUAUUGUUGAAUGAAACAAAAGUUCUAAUCAAUGGAUUCGGUUCCAGUGCUAGUGACGGUGACGUUAUUAGGGAAAUCAACGAAACCAUAGACGGACAUAUAGGCGAAUUGUGGAUAAAGAGCACGGAACUGGCGUCGAGAGCAAAAUUGUUCCAGCAAGCUCAACUUUAUAUUCUGCAUGCUGAAAGUUACAAACCAAAGGAACUGUUUGUCGUAAAAGCAAAACUGCUAUGGGAGAAACGUGAAAUGUCUAAUGCGUUUAAGGUUUUGGAAAGAGGGUUGGCAGAUGUUUUGGAGAAAGCAAAUGUGAAAGAGGUAAAAUUACUGCAAAAAGAGGAUAGAGUCAUCUACGCGCAGGGAAAACUUCUGAUUGCCAUUUAUAACGCGGAAGCCUCCAAUAUUUCGGCUAACGCCAAUCAAAAAUGUUUCAAAGAGGCAGUUGUAGCAAAUCCUGAAUCGGAGAAAAGUAUGGUACAUUUGGCUCAAUAUCUGGAUAAGUUAUAUGUAAACUUUAGCACCGAUGACCAGGACAGCGCGAGAGGAUGGGAAUUGUUGCACGAAAUAAUGACAUACUAUGGAAAAUCUAUGAUGUUUGGUUCGACCUACAUUUAUCAAUCCAUGCCAAGAGUGCUGAGUAUUUGGUUGGAUUGUACUUCUAAGGGAGUGAAUAACGAUUCUCACAGGAAGAUUUGCAACAAUAUGAACAAAUUAGCGCUGAAAUUUAGUGAAACUCUAUCACCCUAUUUCUUCUUCACUGCUUUUUCGCAAUUGAUUAGUCGAGUUGCUCAUCCAUCCGUUGAAGUUUACCAGGUACUGAAAGCAAUCAUCGUAAAGCUGAUUCUGAAUUAUCCUCAACAAUCUCUUUGGAUGAUGCUUAGCGUAUACAAGUCUUCAUAUGCAAAUCGAGUGAAACGAUGCCAUGAAAUUUUCCAUGACAAGAAACUGGCAAAAACAUCCGUUCAAAAAAUGAUCACCGAUUUCAAUGCUCUCGCGGAGAAAUUCAUCGAACUGACCAAUAAAGAUCUGGUGAAUACCAAGGAAACUAAGGUCACCGUGUCUUCGCUUGUAAAAUCGCUUCCAAAAUUUUUUAGUGAUCCCAAUUUAUCAGACAUUAUGAUGCCGAUUCAGAAGUGUAUGCAACUGGUCUUGGACAAAAGUUCUACAACAUUUUCACCAUACCCGAUGAACCCAGUAUACAUUCAUAGCAUACAGGAAGAGGUGAUAAUUUUGCAAUCACUUCAGAAACCCAGGAGGAUCACACUUAUAGGUCACGAUGGCCGAGAGUAUAUUAUGAUGAUGAAACCUAAAGAUGAUCUACGUAAAGAUUUCCGAUUGAUGGAAUUCAACGCGGUAGUUAAGCAGUAUCUCUAUAAGGAUCCAGAUGCUAAACAUCGACGGCUUAACAUACGAACCUACGCAGUUCUACCUCUAAAUGAGGAAUGUGGCAUAAUCGAGUGGGUGGCGAAUCUCAACACAUUCCGUAGCAUAAUUUGCACAUAUUACAAACAACGUGGAGUGGCAAUGGCUUCGAAGGAACUGCGAAAUUAUAACUACAAAAAAUCAGAUCCAUUGCAAAUAAAAAAAGAUGCAUUUUUGAAUGUACUUCUACCUCGUCAUCCAUCGGUAUUCGGAGAAUGGUUCCGGGAUCGAUUUUCUAAUCCACACAACUGGUUUCAGGCACGCAGUUCUUACAUCCGUACUACAGCGGUCAUCUCUGCAGUUGGCUAUAUUCUCGGGCUAGGAGAUCGGCACGGUGAAAACAUUCUUUUCGAUGCUACCAACGGCGACACCGUGCACGUAGAUUUUAACUGUUUAUUUAAUAGAGGAGAGACGUUUGAAGUUCCGGAACUUGUUCCCUUUCGUCUCACUCAUAACAUGGUAAAAGCCAUGGGACCACUUGGUGUAGAAGGUCUCUUCCGUAAAUGUUGUGAAAUUACUUUGAGAGUACUGCAGCAUCAGACUCCAACACUGAUGUCGGUACUUAAACCGUUCGUUUAUGACCCACUAGUAUCAUGGAACAAGAUCACCAAACACGAUGGCACCACAGAACGUACAGAUCCCCAAGCAAUGAACAAUGUUAGGCAUAUCGAAGAGCGAUUAAAAGGCUUCGUAAAAAUACAUGGUAAAACUUCACAAAUGCCGUUGUCAGUCGAAGGGCAAGUUAAUCACUUGAUAAGCGAAGCUACUAGUCUGGAUAAUCUGGCACAGAUGUAUAUCGGUUGGGCAGGCUACAUGUAAGUUCAGGACUGAACUGAAUCUAUAAUUGUCAUGUCUAAUAAAACAUUUCCAAAUGCA